AUGGCCAACGCAACGUCCCAAUCUCAUGUUAUAACCUCGCCCGCCCUCUCAACCGCAUCCGUGUCGUCCUACGACAUGCUGAGCUCUUCCUUCUUAUCUAACACUUCCCGCAUAACCGCAGACACCGACUCCGAUGACGAGAUCGUUUGGAGCGUAUCCGAAGGCUCGCAAUCUCCUGGUUCCUCUGAAUACGAGGACGCCACAGAAUCGGACGGGGAUUUCGUUCUCCUCACUCGGCCUCCGUCGCCUAUUCCUCUGUUCACUGGGCUUUCGACUCCCGUCGAGGACCGGGAUGCCAAGGCAGACCGCUCUCCAGCGCCGAAAUCUUUGGAAGAUAAGAUGGCCAAGCUGAGUCUAUCAGGCAAACCUUCUCCUAGAACCCCCAAGAAGAGCAAGAAGAGCAAAUUAACCGCUGACGGACAGAAAUCCGUUCCUUCCAAGAAGAAGGAGAAGAAGAAGAAACAGAAGACUCGUGCCGUUGUAAAUCCUUAUCCUUCGCCUGCAGCCUCGCCGAAGGUACUGAAGUCAAAGAAAUCACUGGCUAUCACUCCAUCGCCGAACCCUGCCCCGAUUACUUCCCUCAAGGUGACACAAAUUGAGGAGACAGCGGUCGUCAAGCACUUAGGGCUUGGCGAGCGUCCUAUAGUUGACGACGUCUCUGACUGCCACUCUGUGGUAUCGUGCGACGAGUCCGUGGCGGGCCCUUCACUCUACGAGGAAGCCGCAAGUUUCAUCUCCUCAUUCUUGUCUAACCCCGACGCUAAACAGGACACGGUCUGCCGCUUGACCCUCCUUCAGUCUCUCAUCAUCGAGCUUGGCCUCGCCACCUCCUCCUUGCACCUUCCCGGCUCCCUCAACGCUGCUAGAGCCGUCCUCAAGUCGCGUGCGUUCCUCAACAUCCGCGAAUACAUGGCCGUUCGCAGCCAGGGUCCCGAGGCUGUGCGCCGUGCGAUGUACCCAAGCAAGACCGCCCUCAUCAAGUCCAUCAAGAAGAAGCACAACCGUGCUCCUCUCAAGUGGGUCAAGGACCAUGGCCUGCAGGUCCUUCUGGUCGGAUACGUGCACUGA